AUGAAUGAACCAACUCCCGAAGAGAAUAACUUAGCGGAAAAUUCAUGGAAUUCUUUGAGCCCUCGAAGUAGUGAUGACGAUCAUCUUACUGCUCCAUUUCAUAUUAAGGAUGAAAUCGAGUUUCAUCGUGAUACAAUGCAUAUUCCAGAAUCUAGUGAUCAACGUCCUUAUGCUCCUUCUAAACCUGACAUUGCGUUUUCUAAUGAUCUAAAUGAUAUGCCAUUGUCAACUUUUCAUGACGUUUCUCCGAGAUGCACGACUGACAACGAUAGUGAUGAUGUAAGCGUGAACAACACAAACGUCCAUAAUUCUGAAGAAAAUUGGGAAGAUUCUAAAACUCUUCAAAGAACAGUCAUUUCAACCAACCACGUGAACGUUCUGAACUCCGAAAAAGUUCAAGAAACUUCCACUCUUCCUUAUGAAAUUCAAAAUUGUGAAGAAUCGGAAAGUGCGACAUCUCCAUAUCCGCAAGAUAAUGUUUUUGCAACUCUUAUUUCUCCUGAUGCAAAUGAAAUGAACAAAUCGAUUGACGGAAACCAGCGUAAAUCGGAGGAAACGAACAAUUCGAGCGGAGCUCCAUUUCUGUCGUACAAUUAUUGGAACGGAGAAGGAACAUCUACGUUUCAACCCGACAUAUCGUUAUUACAAUGCAUUGCCGAUUAUCGGAAUUCAAGCAAAGCCAAACUGGGCUAUCUUGAAAAGCAAUGUAUGGAGAAGGACAAUGAAAUUGGGCGUAUGUUUCAUCAUAUAAAAGAACUCGACAAGCAAGUUGCUUCCCUCCAAAGAACAAAAAUCGAACUGAUGAAGUAUGCCGAUGACGUUAAAAUCUAUUACAAAGCGAGGAUUGAAGAAAUCAAAAGAAGUAUUCCGAACUCACUUCAAGCGUCCGAUUCUGAUUUCAAAACAGCUAAUUGUGAAAACGAUCACGAACAAGCAAACGCCGCAAACGAAAAACUGAAGAUGACUGAUAUGAAUCGCCGGAGCAAUUUGCCUCAAACCCAUGAUUCUCAGAAUUCGAUUAAUAGAAAGAGACCUCAUCCAGAUACAAAUAAUGAUCAUGAUAAUUAUAGAGAUGUUGCUGAGAUUUCGGGAAAGCCUCGUCUUAUUAUGAAAAUCAAUAAAUCCCUUAUUACUUCGAAUAAAACAGAUGGCAAACGUGCGGUCGAUUGUUACUUUGAAUGA